AUGGAAGGUCAAAAAUUAAGAGAUGCUGCAAAGUCUGGUGACAUUGAAACCGUAAAGAAAAUCGUAAAGGAAUCACCAACCAGUGUAAACUACAAGGAUAGAACAGGAUAUACUCCACUUCAUAUGGCUUCAAUGUAUGUGUUUAAAUUAUGGUUCAAUAUGCAUGAUUCUCUCUCUCUAACACAAAAGAUAUCUUUUCAUCAAUCAUCAUGUUCACAUCAUCACAUGAUAAACAGGUUUGGUCACAAGGAUAUCAUUCAAAUUCUAUUGGAAAAUGGAGCAGACAAGACUGCAGUAUCUAUCGACGGAGAGGAUGCUGAAGCCGUAGCCAAGGGUCUUACCAUUGUUUGUCGUCUUUGGCGAGGACAGAGUGGUUCCCAAAAAGGUUCAGAGGGCUCUGUAAACUCUAGGAUAGGUAAGGGUUCAUCAUAUCAAUCUACACCACCAUAUCAACCUUUCUCUAUCUAA